UAAAUUUUGGAUAAAAAUUAUCUAUUCUACUAUUCAAUAUAAUAGAGUUAGGCAAUAUUACUGGAGAGGAAUAAUUCAAUGCACCAGGAUACUAAAUUUGAAAAUUUAAUUGAAAAAUUUUCCAAGAUUCAAAGCUUUGAAUGACAUGAUAGACUAGCAACUUUGAAAGAUUCAGUCCUGCCAGUAUUUCCAAUGACAGGACCCUAACACUAUUGUGAAUAUUUGAAUAAGCCACAUUGAAAUUUGAAACUGCAAGCUCCAUAGUGAUAAUAUCAGACACUCAUUUAUAAUGACCAAAGAAAAUACCCUGAGGCACAAUAACUUCUUGUCUUCUUAUAUAGCUGUACCAAUUCACAAACUGUAAAUAUAUUAUUCCAAGCUGAUGAAGUAGACAAACAAUAGUAAGACAUAAUGUAGAAUUGUAGUAUAUAAACGCAGCAACUUGGUAACAAUAUAGAUCAUUAUUUUAAAAAGGUUAAAAAGAACUAAAAGAGUUUGAAAAUGCAGAUUAUAUAGACCAGGAGAGAACUCUUAUUCAGUUCCUUUCUGCAAAUAAAAUAUUUUGCUGUAUAGUUUACCACAGGUAUACAUAGGCAUAAUUAUUUUUAAACUAUAUAUCAUAGUUUAUUUGUUACUUCACAUUUCUCCGGUAUUGCUACUCCGGUAUUACUACUGCAAUUUUUCAGGUUAACAAUGUAAUUCAAUAUAUAACGUGAGAAUGGCUUCGGGAAGUCUUGUGCACUGGCAAAGAUGGCUAGCAAAAUUAUCAUUAGUCCUCGUAGCUAUUCUUCUUUUUGAAGUAUACAAGGAUGUCUUUUCUGGUUACGCAAGGCAAGGGGUCGCUUGGGUUCAACAGACAAAAAAUAUAUCACAACCCGAACCUCAGAAAGCAGAGAAAAAUGAUGCAUAUGCAGAAAAACUCAACACAAUCAUCCAAAACUUGGAAUAUCUACAAAAACAAGGUCAACUGACAAAUGUUCAAAUACCAGGCAAACGUAGAAGUCCAGAAUAUGCAUUGGAAGGCAGAGCAGUUAAGCCAGCACAUAUAUCAGGCAAGGAUUACAGUCCAGUACCAUGUGAAUUGGGAAUGCAACCAUCGGUUGACUGGGGAUAUAAAAUUGUUCCUAGAUUUCAGCUGAAUCCGAAUAAAUUCCUAUAUCCAAUACUAAAGAAUGAACCAAUUGAUCAAAUGAUUGGUUUGAGACAAGCUAUUCUUCUUGCAAUAAGAUUGAACAGGACUCUGGCUAUUCCAUAUUUUCAUAAUCACAAUUAUGGCGGAGUAUCACAAUACAACCCAAACCUUCCAGCAUCAUUGAAAUUAAACAUUGAAAUACUCAGAAGAUUUGUUUCUGUUAUAUCUGUGGAUGAAUUACAGAGAAAAUGUGAUGGAAAAUUUGACGUGGCAUUAUUGACAGGUCACACCGACGUCUCUCCUGGAGUGGCAACUCUGCUUAAAGCACAAUCAGAAGUUCAAAUGACAAUGCUCAAUACACUCAACACGUCUGUAGAGACAGAUUUCAAAGUAAAAUUCAGCAUUCCAACUUAUCCGAAAGGUUUAAAGAAAGGAGAUAGAAUCAGCAUCAUACCUAGAGAUUUGGCAGAUACAUAUCCAAAAGAGACUGACAGAUACAAGUGUGCAGUUCAUCCAUUUCCUCUAUCAUUAUUUGAUGUUCAGUUAUUUCUUCGGAAAACAUUGAAGUUACCAAAUCAUAAAAUGAAUAUUUUCAAAAUGAAGGAUGAAGUUGUAUAUUCAGCAAUCUGGUACUAUACUCAACCCCCUGCAUUUGUGCAUUCCCUUGCAACUGAGAUAACGGAAGAUUUAAUGAAUGCACAAGAAAUAGGUGGAGGGAUAUACAAUUAUAUGUGCUUGAACUACCACAAGCAUUCAACAGGUAAUGACGGAACCUCAGGAGAUGAUGUUGAUAUGAACACGCUACGAAAUAUCAUCAAUAAAAUGUUGGAAAAAAUUGCGAAGACCAAGAAAUCCCUCAAACUAAGUGGGAUAUAUAUUUCGUCACCCCUCUCAAAACAAGGACAAGCAAAUGAAUAUAGAUCAAACUUAAAAAUAUAUGAAUACAAAGAGGAAAUCCCGGUAUAUUCGGGUGAAGAUAUUAUAACAGUGUGGAAAAAGAACUAUUAUCACGGAGAGCGUAAUGCACCAGAAAGCAUGUGUUCUCUGCUGGAAGAUGACACUCAAGAUGUGUUAUCGUUAGUUGAAAUGCAAAUUUGUACAAAUGCAGCAAUAUUUAUUCGAUCUAUUGGAUCAUCUUGGGCAGCUAAUGUUCAAGUGAACAGAAUAAAAUCAGAAUAUUCUGAACUUGACGCGAGUAUAAAAGGACUUAUGGAUGAAUAUCAUAAAUCCAAAACAUGACCAAAAUAAGAAUUUCUUCAAAAUGUAUCUAAUGACCAGUAAUGUUGUUAAUACAUAUGGUACUCUACAUAAUGAAAUAUUCGGAAUUUGUGAGCUUAUAUUGUUUUAUGUUUUAAUAUUAUAGAAAUAAAACAUAAAUGGUUUCAAACAAUUCCCAAUGCAAUAUCUUAAUUAAUUAUAUUACUAAUUUAAAACAUUGUUGUAUGAAGAAGAUAUUAUUUGGAGAUAUCAGAUUGAACAUAUUUGAUAACAAGACUGACAUAAGUUUUAAUGAAAGCAAUCGCAGAAAUUUCGAUGAAGCAUAGCUGACAUUGCAGGAUUUCUAUGAACUAUGAUUUUCCUUUAUUAAUAAGAAACAAAUUCAUGUUUUCGGAAACAAGCGGAAUGAGCCUGUUUCAGAACGCUCAAAAUAUAUUAAAGUCAUAGGGUUUACUUCCAUACAAGAUACAACAGUUAUGAAAACUCUAAAUUGGGUCCUAAACAAAGUGCAUUUUAGAUACAACGAUUUGAGUUUUCCACGCAUGGUUUUGGGUUUUUAGCAAUGUCAUGACGCUGUUGCUUCUGAAACUGAAACCGUGGUGAAUAUUAAUGCAAGAGUUUGAAUUGAGUUUCCAGUUUAAUAAGUUGAGGACAAGGUAUACCUAAUCAAAUUGAUGGACAGAUAUGGAAGAUAUGAAGUUGAUCUGACUUUUGUUGUGUUCAAAAUUGAUUGGCAUAUUGCUAUUUUCAUUUGAAAAUUCAAAUUCAAGAAGUGUAAGUAUGAAGGUACAUCAUUCAAUAACUACUAAGCAAAGUAGACUUAUGCAUUUCAUCAUACUGGGUCUACUAGGCUCUUGAAUAAGGCUUACAACAACUGCAAUGUGAUAUUUUUAUUACAUUAGCUUCCACUUACUGCGCUGUGUCUUCGUCCUUCAUUCCUUGGUGCCCCAAUCCAUUCGAUAGCUCGACGUACUUGAAAUUCAAUAUAUUCAGUUCUGUGGUUGCCACCUGCUGCAGCCAACCGUCCAAGUGCUUGUGCAGCCAUUUCCAUAACGACUGAUAAUGAAAGAAUUAUUCAUUAACACAUUUAUAUUUUCACUUGAAUUUUUUGGUUUUCGUUUUUUUCUUUUUCUUGAUUUACAAAUGCAAUAUUAAUAUCAGGCUGCAUUAAAAUUUAUAUUAGAUGAAAACUUUUUUAAAAAAAAUAGGCAGAAGUGGUAUGAACCUAAAAAAAGUUACUGGUAGUUAAUAGUAAUCACUGGGUUAACUGUGCGGUCCGCCAUAAUUAUUAAGCAAAAUAAAUGUCGUAUUCAAUAUGAAAUAUAUGAUAUAAAAAAUAUUUUGUAGAUUAUGAGUACAAAAAUGUAUAUUUUCAAGUUAUUUUAUUAAUAAAAUGAUUACUCUGAGACUGUAAAUUUUAGACUAUAAUUUUGUAUGAUAAAUAAAUUGAAUAUACACAAAGAUAAGCAAUAAGAUUGUUUAUAUACCAAUUCCAGAUAUAUUACAUUUCACAAACCAAAAAUUUGCUUGAUAAAGGACCUUUGCAG